UUAGUCACCCACUUGAGUCUUGUUCCUUCGAACCCUGUACUUGGAAAGAGUUAUUGCUUUACCAAUACCACAGUUACCACCUCUCUCUCUCUCUCUCUCUCUUUCUCUAUAUAUAUAUAUAUAUAUAGACAUCAUAAUUGUUGAUGACUUUGUGGUUCUUCCCACUUUACCCUCGUGUAGGUGUUGGACCUUUUACACUUGUCUUUACUCUUGUUUCUGUUCUUGUUAUUGGUGGUCGCUGGGCUUCUGUGAACUGGUAACUAAGCUUAGUAAUUUGGUUCUAGUAUGUGGAUUCUUGAUAUCUAUUCUUGGUAUAUGAUGGAAGGGACUCACAGUGGAACUCUUUUUCCAUUUUGAAUUCCUUUAUGAAGGAAAGCAUAGAUGGAAGACGGGGCGGAUUUUCGAUGCUGGGACGAACUAAAUCCUGAUGUGUUGGGGAUAGUCUUCAGCAAUCUCUCUCUCCAGGAGAUACUAACAGUAGUCCCCGGAGUAUGCAAAUUGUGGGGCAAAGCAGUUAUGGGGCCUUAUUGUUGGCAAGAGAUUGACAUUACUGAAUGGAGCAAUCUAACCGAGCCCAAAAACAUCGAUCUAAUGCUCCGAAUGCUGAUCGUGAGAAGCUGUGGUUCACUCCGGAAGCUGUGUGUUUCUGACCUGCAAAACGACCUCAUUUUCUCCUUCAUUGCAGAGCAUGCUGGUGACCUCAGGACAUUGGAACUGCCUAGGAGCGAUAUAGGUGAUUCAAUUGUGGAACAGUUUGCUGGGAGGCUUUCUAAGCUCACUUUCUUAGAUUUGAGCUACUGUGUUAAGAUUGGUGCUUGUGCUUUGGAGGCAAUUGGGAAGCACUGUAAAUUGCUUGCAGGGCUGCGUCGGAACAUGCACCCAUUCGAUAUGGAAGGGAAGCUCUCACAGGAGGACGAGGCUCAUGCCAUCGCCACGACAAUGCCCAAGCUCAAGCACCUUGAGAUGGCUUACCUUCGUAUCGACACCAGAAGUGUUCUUGAGAUCAUCUCCAGCUGUCCCGAGCUUGAAGUUUUGGAUUUGAAAGGAUGUUGGAAUGUGGAGCUAGGCGACGACUUGAAGGAGAAGUUCCCCAAACUGAAAGUUUUGGGGCCUCAUUUUAGGGUCCAUUUCGAGUGGAAUAGUUCGGAAUAUUGCUCUGAUUACUCGGACUCAUUCUACGAGUACGAGAGCUUUGAUGGUUUGUGGGAUGAUGAGGAUUUGGAACUGAGCAUCUAUGGAGGAUUUGAUGAGGAUAAUGGUUAUGGUUGGCCUCCAUCUCCUUAAAGAUUUCACCCCCCUUUGCCAUUGUCUUGGUUUUCUAAUGCUAGCACACUUUUAUUUUGGAACUUAUUUGUGCUCUGUAUAUGUUUGUCUGGGAAUGUAGUGUUGGUUUUUAUCUUUCUA